AUGUUGAAUGUUGAAGAACUGGAAGAGGAACUUGCAUCAACCACGACUGAAGGGUCCAACGAUAUAACAGGAGGACAGACUGCUACAUCAGCACCAACUGUUGAUUCAUAUCUCCAAACUACAAAGGAAAUUGCCUUUGUAAACAUUCAUUCUGGAGCUGAAGCUGAAGCUGCUCCAUUAGAUACCACUAGUUCAUUGGGUACUGUGGAACAAUUGUGGAUGAGUUUAAGUACUUUGAAACCAGCAUACCAAUUAAGAUAUGGCACUGAGUUACUUAUUUUUAAGAGUGGAAUUAACCCUGUUUGGGAAGACCCUGUCAAUGCCAAAGGUGGUAGAUGGGUAUUCCGGUUCAGUCGGAGAGGACAAAAUUCUUCUGGAGGUAAUAAUUCCAAUUCCAGAGGAGAUGAUAAUGAAAGCAUUAUGCGUGUACGUAAACGGAGUAGUUUAAUAUGGGAACGGUUAGUUUUAAGGGUUUUAACUGGUUCCAUCAUCCCUGAAGGAGAUUAUCUGGAAGAAAUUCAAGAGUUAUUGUUAAAUGAUAUUAGUGGAUUGGUAUUGUCUGUUCGUAGAGAUGAAGAUAUUAUCAGCAUAUGGAACAGUAACCUUAACUUUAAUAAAAAGGGUUCUACAAUGUCUAAAGAUGGUGAAAAUGGAACAUCUAAAAAAUUAACAUUAUUUCAAGCCAGAAGAAUUAUUUGUGACUCGAUUUUAAGAGUUAUUAGAGAAUGUGAUUUGAUUAGUCAAGGAAGUGACUGUAUUGAAACCAUUGAUUCUGGAUCAAAUGAAAGAGUGUUUGGAGUUUCAUUUGAAUAUCGUUUGCAUGCUGAUAACAAUACUCUUCCAGGUGUUAAUGGCGGGGAUAAUGGUGCAAAUGGGAAUAACGGUACCUCGGGUAAUGGUAAGUAUGGUGGAGAAAGAAGUGGUAGAAAGUACAAUAAUAAACUGUACCAUCAUAAAAAGGAAGGACAUAAUAAUAAUACUACUAAUAGUUUCUCCCAAGGUACUAGUACUACUGCUACUACUACUACUACUACUACUACUACUGUGUCAAUUGUAGAAUAA